GGGGCCUUGAAAUAGAGGCGGGCGCGAACCGUGGGGAGAGCCGUGCUGCUCGUGGUAAGUACGGCUCGGGCCGCCUAUCUGCUGCCGGAGCGGCCCGGGGAGCGCGCUGGGGAGCGGGAGCGGGUUUGAAGCGGCUUCUGCUCUGUGCUGAACGCCGCUAUCUCCCUGCAGCGCUCCCUUCUGCCCGCUGGGUCCCACCUCAGCGGGUCCCUUGUUUGUUUGCUCGCUCUUACUUUCUCCCCUAACUCCUCGCUGCGGCUCUUCCGGGUGUGCCGUGCCCGCUGUGCCUGCCGUGCCGCGAUGCCUCCCUCUCCCGUCGGCGCGGCCCGCGCUCGGUCCGCCCGCCGGCGCCGUCCUUCAGCCCUCGCUGGGCGCUGCGUCGCUCCUUUGUCUGCCUCGUUGGGGCGGGGCGGCGGGUGCGGGCCGGGCCCUCAGGAAGGGGCUGAGCGCGCCAGGGGCUUCUCUAACGAAAUGAAAUGGAACGGCAGCGCUUUCGGCUGUCUGGGGAGGCGUAUCUAUGUGGGAGAUACUCGAGGAGAAGGAGGGUUUUCUGUGUGGUCUUGGACUCUUCCUGCCAACUUGAUAUAUCAAGUUUAAACCUUUUAAAGGAGGCUCCUUUAGGUUAUAUCGGGUCGGGUAUUAGGAAACGUUUCUUCUCGGAGUGGUCCUGCAGUGGCCCGGGCUGCCCAGGGAGGUGGUGUGGUCACUGUCCUUGGAGGUGUUCAGAAGCCGUGUGGAAGUGGCACUGAGGGAUGUGGUCAGUGGGGUAAAACUGGAUGAUGAAGCCAGCAUCCACUCCUCUGUGCCUCCUCCGUGCUGAUGGCAUUGUAUGCAGCUGUGUAGAAUGUGUUCUAUAAGCUGUUCUUAGCUGUACAUUUGCCUGCAUUUCUGCAACCUCCCCUCCUAGAUCUCACUCCUCAUCGUGAGGAGCUGCCUGGCAGGGCUCAGGGACCAGCCAGGCCUACGGGUGUAGGUGGAGAGGGCAUCUGCUGGGUAGGUUGCCUGUUGCUGGGAAUGUGGCUGUGGCAAUCUUGCCUUGCUGCUUGGCUCAUCCUUGUUUAUACGUGGUGUGUGUUUAGGAAGGAAAAAUAAGACUUCUGGUUAAAGUGGUUGCCAUAUUAGUGCCAUGUUGUUUCCAUGUAUUGUUUUUCCUGUGUAACAGGAUGACAGGAGUCGCCCAUGCUCAUCAAGAGCUGGGAUAGCAAGUGGUUACUCUGUGAUAGAGUGAAGGUGCUUAAUCUGGGAGCAGGCAGGCACACAUCCUGUGACUGCUGCCUCUGGAGAUCUUACAGUGCAGCCUGACACUUGGAAGCUGUGGUUCCCCAUACAGGAUGUUGGUGGGAGAAUAGGGGCGUAAUAGCUGUGUGCAGAGCCUGCUGACAUAACUGUGGUGUUUCGGCUAUUCAGGGUAGGCUCCUUGAUAAAGCAGCUUUGUUGCCUCCGGGUAUGAACUAAUAAGCUGUGGGGGGUAGGGAAAUAAACUGAGUCUCUGGUUAUCUCUGCUGGAAGGAAUCGAUGGCAAUUGAGCAGGUUUCAUUUCCUCCAGUUAGCAGUUCCUCAGAAUUUACCAGCAAAUCUGAUAUUUCUUUGCUUAGCACCUUCCUCUGUUUUUCUCUUAGCUUGCUGUGGUUUGGUCUGUGUUAGGUAAGCGCAGCUCCAAAUAAUGUACAAUGUUCAUAUCUGCAUACUGUACAAAGCCAAAUACAUGCUGGCAUUUCUGAUUUAGGAAGCUGAACUCAGCUUGCAUGAAGGCGCAAAGCUCCUGCUUAAAAGCUGGAUCCCUUAUUAGUUUUGGCUUGCUCCUCUUGGGUGAGGGAGGAAGGAUGGGUUACUGAAAAAUUACUGGUUAAUGAUUACAGAGUGUGCAUAAUUGGUCCUCUCCACAGACAUUGGGUCCGAUUCUGACGCAGGCCAAAGAAAGGGCAAGGACUUCUGAUCUGAAGCAGACCGUGACGAGCUGUUCUAUCUCUGAAUCUGUCAUGGAACAGGAUAUCUACAGUAAUGGAUCUGACCAUAUGGAGCGCAUGCUUCUCUUUGCUUUCCUGGCGGAGUCCUCUGGCUGUGAGUUCAGAGAGCAGCUGCCAUCCCUACAAAGCCAGGGCGUCUUGUGUUCUGUUAAAGAUGCUCUCUGUUACGAUAGUGAUGGGGAACUUCAGACCGAUGGGAAUCGAAGUGGCCACUUGCAGAAUGGUGAGCUAGUGCCUGACCCUGAGGUAAAUGAAGCAAUUGUCCGGACCAUUGCUGCUCAGCUUGCUGAGAUCGGAGACCAGCUGGAUAAACAAAUCAAAGCAAAAGUAGUAAAUGAUCUAGUGCAACAUUUUCUGAAUGAGAAUCUGCCUAGAGAGGAGAUAACACGGUGCCUGUCACAGGCAGUGGAAGGACUUGCCAGAGCCAUCCCAUCAGAUCUGGAGCAAGAGAAGGCCAUGUUGGUGCUAGCAAUGCUCUUAACUAAGAAAGUGGCAAAUCAAAUGCCUUCCCUUCUACAGCGUGUCUUCAGCACCACUGUGAACUACAUCAGCCAACACUUCCACAACUACAUUGUCAGAAUGCUGCGUGAGUGAGAGAUCUCCAGCCAUUGGCUUCCUGAAGGAUCUUUAACUUCUUCAUCUGCUAAGAUACCUUUUCUGCUCAUAACUUUUGAGACACAGCUGUGAAAGGGAAGGCAGAGCUUGUAGAUGGGCUUUUGUAGACUAGCACAGUAGCGAUGGUAGUGAGAACUGCAUGACUGGUCUGCCAGCACCUGUAGGAUAUAGUGCCUACUCUUCUCCGUUUUACGAAAUAGGUGUUCUUUCUUUUGUUUUUUUUUCUUCCCUCUCCUUUUUGGUAGCAGAUGUAAUGCAGGUACAGCCCCGGGCUCGUGCCUCCAGGGGAAGUGCACUGGGUGCUGAACCCACCUUGUCAGUAUUUUUAACCAACUGCUGCAUCCUGCAGGUUUCUGUGCUGCAGCUGGGCAAGGUACAGGAGGGGGUUUUGGGGGGGGAACAAUAUCCGUAUAUGCUUGAGAAAGAAGGUGGUCAUUGGCUUCAGAGCAGCUUGCUGGAGAGAAAAAAGAUACCAGCCUUGAAUGAGAAAGGAGGAGUACCUGGUGUCUCUGCUCAGUAGCACAUUGUAUUCACAUCUCAGGUUCACUGAACAGACUUAGACUCAGGUUGUUUGAUGUAUGUGUCAUCACAUGCGUGGUGGCUGAGGCUCUACUUGUGAUCCAGCUGCCUCUGAAGAAAUCAUGUAAAUAAUGUCCUUUUACUUGUGUUGUUCUGUGUUGUUUUUAAAUAAAAAUGGACAUGAUGUA